AUGACCUCACCAAUUAGUUAUGUAAAAAUUAACAAAGCUCAAGUAGAGGAUUUAGUUAGAAAGAACACAGCUGUUCAGAGCAGACUGAGUAAUGUGGAGAAUAGUGUUAGUACCAUCAACCAGAUCCAGAAUACUCUGAAUACUCUCUCCACACAAAUCACAGCUCUCUCCAGUAGGGUUGCUAACUUGGAAAGUAAUAGUGGGUCUCCAUCUCCAUCUGACUGCUGUAACACUGUUCCUGAUAGGGUGAGCACUCUAGAAACACAAGUACAACAACUACAGAGGUUACUGACCAGGAAUGAGUGUGCGUCGAACCCCUGUCAAAAUGGCGGCACAUGUGUGGACCUAUACAACGGCUAUACCUGUAGAUGUCCAUCUGCAUGGCAGGGCACGCGGUGUAAUGAGGAUGUCAAUGAGUGUGCCACACUGGCUGGAACUGACAUGGGAUGCCAGAAUGGGGCCACCUGUACUAAUACCAUUGGAAGCUUCAGGUGCACCUGUACUGCUAACUACCGUGGAAUUCGUUGUACAGAGACCCAUCAAGACUGCACGGGAGCCUCUGCCCAGGAACUCUGUGGACACGGAACCUGUGUCAAUGUACCAAGGACAAAUCCUAACUUGGUAGGUCAUUGA